AGUGAUAGUUGGAGUCCGUGACAAAAAUAAAAAAUCAAAACAAACGAAGUGAGAAAAGUAAUUGCGUAGUAUAACGAUUUGUGAUGUUUAUACUGGUCGUAAACUGAAUUAUGUUGAUAAGAUAUUAAAAAAACAUGCAUUAAAAGCUUUAAUCAUAAUCAACUAUCAAAUUAUUUGUGUUAUUGAUUUUUUUCUCCACAAAACGUAGUAAAAAAUCACUUACUUAAUUUUACUCGUACAAAAAAAAAAACUAACCGAUCGAAAAAUAAUUAAAAUGGCUAAUCCCGUCCAUAUAAAUGUCGGAUCGAUGGGUAUUUUGAGAAAACCUAAGGAGAAGAAUGUCCACGUUGAAAGUGAUGAAGAAUUACUUUUGCAGUACGAAAAGAGCUUUAAAACAACGUCAAAAAUUGAAUUAACAAUAAGUUGUAAAAAUUUGUACAAUACUCACAUCAUAAGAGGUACAUCGGAUCCAUUUUGUGUGGUUUCGGUGAAACGUCCGUGGCAAUCGCGAUACGUCGAAAUCGAUCGCACGGAAAUCAUUGAAAAUUCAUUGAAUCCGCAAUGGUUCAAAAAAAUCGUCUUAGAUUACAGUUUCGAGGCGAUACAACACGUUGAAUUUGAAAUUCGUGACAUGAUUUUGGACGAGCAUAGCUUUCUGGGUCGAUAUACGACCACAUUGGGUGCCCUAGUGUCGUCACACGGUCGUCAGGUUGUUGGCAAAAUUCCGAUUGCAAAAAUUGGCGGAGAAAUUAUUCGCAAUAAUAGCGAAAUUGUGAUUGUAACGGAAGAAGAUUCGCAAUGUAAACAGGUCAUUGAAAUCCAAUUUGCCGCUGAAAAUCUACCAAAACGUAAAUGGUUCCGUAGUAAUGAUCCAUUUUUGGUGAUUUCACGCAUCAAUGAAGAUGACACGUAUUCUGUUGUAACGCGAACUAAAGUAGCCAAAUCAAGUCAAAAUCCCGAGUGGAAACCAUUGAAAAUUCGCGUUGGCGCUCUUUGUCACGAUGAUUUUGAUAAAAAAAUUAAAAUCGAAUGUUUUAGCGACAGAGGAAAUGGACAUUAUAAGCUUAUCGGGGCAUGCAUCACUUCGAUAAAUGAAUUGAAUGAGAUUUCACAGGAGGAGGCUUCAUUGACGUUGAUCAAUGAGGAAAAGCAGAAGUCCGAUGCAAACUAUGUUAAUUCAGGCACAUUGAAAGUACUGAAGAACAGUAUGGCGGAGGAAAUUUCUUUCUUGGAUUACAUACAGGGAGGUGUGCAAAUGCACUUUGCCGUGGCCAUCGAUUUUACAUCCUCCAACGGAGUGCACACCGACACAAAGUCUCUGCACUAUUUAAGCGAGGAAGAGAUGAACAACUAUGAACUCGCUUUACGUGGCGUUGGCGAGACACUUCAGCAUUAUGACAGCGAUCAAUUAUUCCCGGCUUUUGGUUUUGGCGCAAAAUUACCAUGCGGCACUGUGUCCUUCCAGUUUCCAUUGAAUAAUAAUCCCGAGCAUCCCUAUUGCUCCGGUGUGGACGAAAUUCUUGAAAACUACAAAGCUCAAUUGAAUGCAGUCGAACUGCAUGAGCCAACCAAUUUUGCUCCAGUUAUUAACGACACCAUCGAAAUUGCGAAGAAAUUUCAAGACGGAAAGCAUUACUUCGUAUUACUUAUUGUAACAGACGGGAUUAUAAGUGAUAUGACCUUGACGAAAGCUGCCAUCAUUGAAGCGUCAAAAUUACCGAUUUCGAUCAUUAUAGUGGGAGUAGGCGAUGCCGACUUUAAUGAAAUGAAAGAACUCGAUGCCGAUGAUGAAAAGCUAAAUGUUGAUGGUCGCUUUGCUGAACGUGAUAUCGUUCAAUUUGUACCAAUGAAUAAAUUUCUAACUGAAGAUGCACCAAAUGAUAAGCCGCAAACCGAUUUAGCCGAAGAGGUCCUGGCCGAAAUUCCAGAACAAUUCACCAGCUACAUGAAAUCACGAGGUUUUGAACCACAAGAAGCAUCCAGCUUGCAACAAAAAAGAGGCUACACACUCGAAAGAGAUGACACGCAAGAAUCACAAGGCGAAGAUUGAAGCCGAUUUACCAGCCCAACUUUUGGAGCGAACAUGUUUUCCGUAUUUCUUAUGACAUCCAAUGUCAAUUCACUUUUCUCAAUUUUUUCCCGAAAUUACAGAUAUUUAUUACAAUAGAUUUAGAUCAAAAUCAAAGAUAGCUUAUUAUCAAGGACCAAUCGCGAAGUGAGCAUACCAUAUUCUUGACUAUUGUCAGCUGGACUAAAAUAUGUUAUUCCAAUCGUGGUAUUACCAACUGGUUUUAACAAUUAUUGGAGGGACAUGGGAAUGCAGGCAGUCAGUUGCAGGUGGUCGUUCUUUCAAUCUAACCUAUACACAAUUUUUCAACUUUUUCGCCUUCAAAAAGAGCAAUUUUAAAAACGCAAUAAAAGAAUUAAUAUCAAGUCAGCAAAAAAGGUCAAUUUUAACUAUAUCACAAAGACCCAUAUCACAAGAGAUUAAUUCCAUGUAUACGUAGUCAAGUACACCGUAAUCGGCAAAAUCACCUACCAGUACAUUGUUAUCAUUGAGUGGAAAAAAUGAGCCAAUUCUUGUGAAGUAUUCACUAAAACGAAUAUUGAUUUGAAUUUAAGGUGCUUUGCAUUCGGAUUUUUUAACCGAUAUUUCACACAAUUCGCAAUUUGAUCCACAGGAAUUCCAUUUUCGUGUGUUUUUAUCACGUUUGCAUUAAUAAAGAUAAAAAUCAAAAAUCAA